UUCAUCAAUAACUUACCAGUCCAUUUCAAUCAAUUAAACUGGAAGCUAUAUUGGUGUCAGAAUAUAAAAAAAAAGCAAUAUCUUUUAAUUGAAGAAAUAAAUGGCCUUUGAAUUUGCAGAGGAACAAACGUCAUGAUCAUAUAGAUAGUCGAGUAGGGUCACCAACGUUCAUUUGCCAUUUUCAGAGACCAACACAAACCCCAACUUGUUGUUGCUCAGUAACGUCCGGUGACAUGAUGGUAGAUUGUGGCACCAGCAUUCUUGAUUCGAAUUACAAAUGUGAAACUCGUAUCUUAGAAACUGUAGUCGAAAAUUCAUACAAAGUACAAAUCGUUAAAUAUAUAAUUGUUUUAUGAAAAUUAUGUGAAAAUAACCAGAUUGCCGGUGUAGGUAAACAAUACAAGGCGACGGAUCCCAAUGGAUCGAAAGACGAUAAGAGAAGUGAGAUACAAACAUAAAGGACAUAUGCAGAAGAAGAUGAGGACCUAUAUGAAGCUAUUCUUAGAGGUGACUGGAAGAUUGCCAACCUCGCGUGAAUGUCCCCAAUACGAAUUAAUACCGGGAAAAAUUCGAAGUCCGGAACCAAUGGAGACCUCGACAACGGGUACCGAACAACAUGAAGCCAAUGGCAGAGCAACAGUAGAAGAGCAACGUAACGUUAUCGACGAAAAUUCGCCCAAUAACACGGAGAAUAGAGAUAAAACUAGCGAUGAAAUGUGCGUAGAUGAGAAGAAAGUACAUGAAAUGCGUGAUUGCGAUACGGCGAAUUGUACAAGUAUUAUUAGCAAUGAUAGUAUUUGCAAUGAAAACAAUGACGAUCGCAUGUUGGGUGAUAGUACCGAUAUUAUCAAUGAAGAGUGUUUGGGUAAUUUUAAUAGUAAUAUUGUCGGAAAUGAAUGCACCGUGGUAACCGACGAUAACGAAGAUGAAACGUUUUUCAUAGAGGAUAGUGAUGAAAGCUCGGAUGACGGUCAAGACCAGUACCUAGAUAUAGAUGGAAGCUCCUACAUCAAUCAUGAAAACAAUGGCAUUAAUGGUAAUGGAAAUGGCGGUGAUAACGCCGUGGCAUUGCCAUCAGAACUGUGA